AUGCAAAUUUGCGCAGUUUCUGCAAAUAGCUCAGCCGUUGGACACUUGAAGGCACUGUUGAGCAACAAAGGCGAGUGGAAUAGUUUAUAUGCAACAGACAGCAACUGCAACAACAACAACAACAACAACGACAAGAGCAGCAAUAAUGGCAGCAACAGCAGCGGCGGCACCAACAGCUGUUGUUUCAAUGCGCUUACAAUGGAAUCAAGCUUCUCGAUUCGUAAUUUGUUAGCGAACAAUGACGUUACCAAUCCAGCGUUGACACCACCACGAUCUGAUAAAUCCAUGUCACCGAACAAUUCGAUGUCGUCUAACGAAGAGAACUGUGGAAGUCGGCCCAACUAUACUUAUAGUGCUUUGGUGACCAUGGCGAUUCGCAGCAGUCCUGAGGGCAAACUUACUUUGAGUGCUAUACAGAACUGGAUAAGUGAAAACUUCCCGUACUACCGUAAAGAUGAGCAGGGCUGGCAGAAUCAGAUAAGACAGACACUGAGCAUGAACUCAUGCUUUUGCAAAAUUCCACGAGCUAUGAAUGAUCCUGGGCGUGGAAAUUAUUGGGCUCUUAGUCCACAAGUGGAUGCAAUUCAAGCCCAGCAGCCGGUUGUUGGCAGUAAGGUAGUGCUUGGGGCGAUGGUGAAUGGUGUACCGCAUCCUCAGGUUCCUAAUGCGGUGUACUUCCCCACACCGCACGAGAUGCAGGGAGCCCAUCAAGCCAUGUUGGCUCAGGCGGUACAGGAACAACAUGCCUUGUACCAAUAUCACCUGCAACAAUCGCAAUUUCUAGAGCAGCAACUGAUAAACCUGCAGCAACAACAGAUUCAACAGUACGAGGAAGUCUACCAAAAGUUUAUUUUCCACCAACAACAAAUCGCUUUUCUAAGUGCUCAGCAAGUACCGGUUUGA